UUAAAUCGUCACAAUAAAAAUUAUUAUUAAUCAUAUAAUGCGCGGGAACUUUGUUCGAAAACAGUUAGGUAGUUGCAGCUUGAGAAAGAAGAAGAAGCAACAAUCUCCUUCCACAGACGCAGAGAUUUUGAAAUGGAACAAGGCCAUCUCCACUCACAUGCGCAAUGGCGAAUGCGACUCAGCUCUCCGCUUAUUCGACUCGAUGCCUCAUCGAACCUCCGUCUCCUACAACACCAUGAUCUCUGGCUACCUCAGGAACGGCCACUUCCACCUUGCAACCAACCUGUUCGACAAAAUGCCCCAAAGGGAUUUGUUUUCCUGGAAUGUCAUGCUUACUGGAUACAUCAGGAAUCGGAGGCUCGGUGAUGCCCGCAAGCUGUUUGAACGAAUGCCCCAAAAGGAUGUUGUGUCCUGGAAUGCCAUGCUCUCUGGGUAUGCCCAGAAUGGCUAUGUAGACGAUGCAAGAGAGGUGUUUGAGAACAUGCCUGAAAAGAAUUCCAUCUCGUGGAAUGGGCUGCUCGCAGCUUAUGUUCAGAACGGAAGAUUCGAGGAGGCUUGUCGCUUGUUUGAGUCCAAGUCAAACUGGGAUUUGAUUUCUUGGAACUGUUUGAUGGCUGGGUAUUUGAAGAGGAACAUGUUAGGUGGUGCUAGGCGGCUUUUUGACCAGAUGCCUGUUAGGGAUAACAUUUCGUGGAAUACUAUGAUUACCGGUUAUGCCCAGGAUGGAGAUAUGCUGGAAGCCAGGAGAUUGUUCAAUGAGUGUCCAGUACAGGAUGUGUUCUCGUGGACAGCAAUGGUGUCGGGAUAUAUACAGAAUGGGAUGUUGGAUGAAGCAAGAAGGAUUUUUGAUGAAAUGCCUUUGAAAAAUGAGGUCUCAUACAAUGCAAUGGUUGCUGGAUAUGUGCAGAGCAAGGAAAUGGACAUAGCAAGGGACUUGUUUGAGGCAAUGCCUUGUCGGAAUAUUAGUUCAUGGAAUACCAUGAUUACUGGAUAUUGUCAGAAUGGUGAUAUAACCCAGGCUAGGAACUUGUUUGAUAAGAUGCCUCAGCGUGAUUCUGUGUCUUGGGCAGCUAUAAUUGCUGGUUAUGCUCAGACUGGUCAUUAUGAAGAGGCUUUGAACAUGUUUGUUGCGAUGAAACGAGAUGGAGAAAGUUUAAAUAGGGGUACCUUUAGUUGUGCUUUGAGCUCUUGUGCUGAUAUUGCAGCUUUGGAGUUAGGGAAACAAGUUCAUGGGCAAGCGGUGAAGACGGGAUAUGAGAUGGGGUGUUUUGUUGGGAAUGCACUUCUUGCAAUGUAUUUUAAAUGUGGCAGCAUAGACGAAGCUUAUGAUAUGUUUGAAGCAAUAGAAGAGAAAGACAUCGUCUCUUGGAACACAAUGUUAGCUGGUUAUGCUAGGCAUGGAUUUGGCAAACAGGCCUUAUCAGUAUUCGAGUCGAUGAACAAAGCAGGUGUUAAACCAGAUGAAAUUACAAUGGUGGGUGUUCUGUCUGCCUGUAGUCAUACUGGCUUGAUUGACAAGGGAACUGAAUAUUUUUAUUCAAUGAAUGAGGUUUACGGUAUAACACCAAAUCCAAGACAUUAUGCUUGCAUGAUUGAUCUUCUUGGUAGAGCUGGGCGCCUGGAAGAAGCACAAAAUUUAAUGAGAAGCAUGCCUUUCGAACCAAGUGCUGCAGCAUGGGGUACUCUACUAGGUGCUAGCCGGAUUCAUGGCAAUACCGAGCUGGCUGAAAAGGCUGCUGAGAUGGUUUUCAAGAUGGAGCCUCAUAACACAGGAAUGUAUGUCCUUCUUUCAAAUCUAUAUGCAACUUCAGGCAGAUGGGUCGAUGUUGGUAAGAUGAGAUCAAAAUUGAGGGACGCCUGUGUGCAGAAAGUACCUGGGUAUAGUUGGGUUGAGGUACAAAACAAAAUUCAUAAAUUCACAGUUGGGGACCGCGUCCACCCAGAAAGAGACAGAAUAUAUGCUUUCUUAGAAGAGUUAGAUCAGAAAAUGAAGCUUGAUGGGUAUGUUUCAUCAACCAAAUUGGUUCUGCAUGAUGUGGAAGAGGAAGAAAAGGAGCACAUGCUCAAGUAUCACAGUGAGAAAUUGGCUGUAGCAUUUGGAAUUCUGACCAUACCUGCUGACAGACCAAUACGUGUCAUGAAAAACUUGCGUGUGUGUCAAGACUGUCAUAAUGCCAUCAAACACAUAUCCAAGAUUGUUGGAAGGUUGAUAAUCUUGAGGGACUCCCAUCGCUUUCAUCACUUCAGUAACGGAAUUUGUUCUUGUGGAGAUUAUUGGUAAGAGUGGAGAGAAUAUUAUUAAAAAGAUGAGGAGAUUAAUGUGAUGAAAGAGUUGCUAAGAAGUAGCACUGAGAAGUUCAUUGAUGGACGCUUCGUUCGUGGCGGAAUUAAUGUCCAAGUACUUCACCCGCCGCAAAAUUAUAAUCUGAUUGUGGAAUCAGUGAGCUCGUUUCUUUUCAGAAUGAAUUCUGGAUUUCAGCAUUGACUUCAGCUUUGAAUUUGAGAGCUUCCAAAGUCCUGAUUCUGAUUUGCUAGAUGAGGCAGCUGUAUUCAUUUCUGGUGCACCUGAUGCUGACAUGUUUUCAUCUAACAACCUUGAUACUGCCUGCAAAGUUUAUUCAUAAAAUUGAAAAUGAAGCAGAUGAUGAUAUCCAAGAUUUAGAACCAUGGUGUCAGCAGAAAGCAUACCUCGAUUCUGAAUUUGAGGAGCACAACUGUACCCUUUGACAAGAAGAAAUUGUUAAGAGUAAAAAGUGGUCUAGAGCAAACAAGAUUGUGAAGUCCUAACAAGGUAUUUGAAUGAAAAUGUCCAAAAAAACCAAUACUAUUCUUUGCAUUCUCAAUAAGCUGGAUUAUAAGAACCAAAGAUGAAUGGUUUCGUUGAACACCAGUUAGUUGGAUACCUCAUAUUUUAAUGUAGUGUGAUUGAAAAAAUAAUCAAUGAAAAAAGAAUCA